AUGUCUUAUCGGGACUCUAAAAACAUCGACUUUGACUUCGCCGAUUGCUAUUUUGAGAACUUCACUGUCAACAAACAAAAAGUCGAUUUGUAUAAAGGAAAUGCCUGUAUUGGGUUGAAAAUAGGGUUUGUGAAACAAUCAAUGGAGAUCGAAAUUGCUAAUGAAGAUGAUAAAAAGAGAACUCAAAUUGUUUUACUUUCAACGGGCGUUGCUGUGCUUGGGGUCUUGUUCAUAGUUGCUGUGAUCAUUAUUGGCGUACUAUUUACAUUGUUUGUCUUAUCACGUAGAAAGCAAAAAAAAUUGAAUUACAACGAUUUAUCUAACACAAAAUAA